AUGCCAUUGGCGAAGGCAUCAAUUAUGAAAGAUGGAAAUCCAAAAAUAAAUCUUUUGCCACUGGAGCCUCUGAGAAUAAACGAAUUAUCAAUUGACCAAGGGGGCAACAGUUCUGUGAGCAUCCAACUUAAAAUCUUAAAUUGCGACAUGCACGGUUUCAGCCCAAUCAAAGUUUCAGAUGUCGAAUCCUUUUCAUCUGAACGUGUAGAUUGGCGUAUCAAAGCCCUUGUUCCUAGAGUAGAACUUGAUGGAGAUUUCACCUCGAAGGGACGAAUACUUUUGUUUCCAAUUACUGGCAAGGGCAAAUGCAACCUAACACUUGUUGACUUGGAUAUUACAGCAGCUUUACGAUCUGGAGAACCGGUGACUAAAAACAACAAACAAUAUUACACAAUAGAAAAUGUUGAACUUAAAUUCCAACCCAAAAGAAUGUAUCUAACUUUCAACAACCCAGACCAAGACAGACUUCUAGAAGACCAAACCAACAGAUUUUUAAACGAAAAUUGGAAAGAUUUAUUCGAAGAGCUGAAACCGUCCUUCCAAGACUCUUUCUCAGCAUUGUUUAAAGAAAUCGCAGCAAGAGUUUUCGAUAGAGUUCCCAUUAAAGAUAUGUUCCUUAAGUAA